CUGCAGAUUUUGCACCGCUGCAGCUGACAGAAAGCUACGCCUGCUGACUUCUGAUCUUCAGGAUAGACAUGAAGUCAAGGUGAUGGAGGGCCACACUAGCUUCAUUAACCAUUUGGUGUUCGAGCCCACAGAAGGGAAACAAAUUGCUUCCGUCAGUGAUGACCACACUUGCAGGGUGUGGGACCUGGAUGGAAAUGAAAGCACUACUCUCAGACUCCGCUCUCCUGGGAUGAGUGUGUGCUGGCACCCAGAGGAGGCCUUUAAGUUAAUGGUGGCAGAAAAGAAGGGAACUAUUCGUUUCUAUGACCUGGUGGCCAAGCAGGCCAUCCUGUCACUGGACUGUGGUCAGUCACCACUCAUGUCAGCCGACUGGUGCCUCACGAACACAAUCAAAGUUGGGGCCGUGGCGGGCAACGACUGGCUCAUCUGGGACAUAACUCGCUCCAGUUACCCACAGGAAAAAAGACCAGCCCACAUAGAUAAAGCACGGUUAUUCAGGUGGUCUCGAGCCAAUGAAAACCUCUUCGCCACCACUGGAUGUCCAGGAAAGAUAUGCAGUCAGUUACUCAUCCACCAUCUUGGCCACCCACAGCCGGUGACGAUCGGGUCAGCAACAGUAGGAUCGGGCCUGAGCUGGCACCGGACGCUCCCACUCUGUGUGAUCGGCGCUGACAGGAAACUUUGCUUUUGGAUGACUGAAAUGUAGACAUCUGUACAGCACCUUUCAUAGUGGACAACUUAAGUCCAACUCAGUGUUUCUAUUCUAGUAAAUGUCAAAUAAAAUAAAUAUUUUUCUGAGUA